AUGUCUGUGAUUCACAAUUUACUCAACGAGAAGGAUAAUAACGAAGCUGAAACAAACAAUAUCAUACCAAACCAGUCAAACAACAGCUUAGUUACACCACACGAAAAUGCACCACAAGUUCAAAUUCCCUUUCCCAACCAACAGUCGUACGCAGUCGAUGGGUUUCAACAACAACAUCAACAGCAGUAUCAACAACAAUGGAACUCCCAACAAUCAUUUCAACAACAAGGAAUGAUGAUGCAACAUCAGCAUCAACAACCUCAGCAGCACCCUAUACAUAACCAGCCCUUCCAACCAUUACAUCCACAACAACAAUUUUACCAAGGUGUACCCAAUAGCUUCUAUCCUCCUCAGAAUAUAGCACAGCAGCAUCAAUUCCAGAACCAGCAGCAAAUUCCUCAAUAUCCACAGUAUCAUCACCAACACCAGCAACUACCUCAAAGACCAAUUUCUAAAAGGAAAAGAACCCCUACUACAACUGCAAGACGUCGUACAAUGACUGCUUGUGAAUCUUGUCGGUUAAGAAAAAUCAAAUGUGAUUUAGGCAAACCUGUUUGUGGAGGCUGUACUAAAAGUGACUUGAACUGUGUUUAUAGAAAUGUGAAGAAGGAAGCAGAUGAUCUCAGUAAAAAGAUCACUAAAAUCGCUGGUAUAACCAAGGAAGAGCCAAGAAUCCCAACUUGGUCCAGUUGUAAUUGGUACACUAAAGCUGAAGGUGUUUUAAAAUGGCCAAUUUUUGAAAAUAAGUAUCAUGUUCGCUCUUUGAAUACAGUGCUAGGAGAAAAUAACGAGAUUGGUUUACCAGAGAUCCCAAUGCUAUCAAGAGAAGAUUUUCAGUUGUUGAAUACCAAUUUAAAACAAAACAUACCAAAAUAUGUCGAUGGGUAUUUAAGUUUAAUCCAAACAAAAAAUCCAUUCAUUGACUCCAAGGCUUUAUUAAGGACUUCUGAUUUCAUUAGAAAAAAAGUGAAAGAAAACCCAGACGUUGAUCUUUUUUCACUAAGGCUUCCAGAUGAUAUGAUUCCAAUGUCGUUGGUGGUUUUAUGUUCAGCUUCAGCAUCAAUAGCUCGACCAUUAACUUUCACAAACCACCAAGAAUACUCUAAUUCCCAAACUGAAAAAUCAGAGACUUAUGAACUAUCGUACAAACUUUACAUCCUUGCUCAGAAUUUAAACAUAGUACCCAAAUCUAUGAUUCCAAGUUUCAGUCUAAAUCAUGUUCAAUUCCAUCUACUUUGUGCAAAUUAUCUGAUGUACAUUAUGAAACCACUGGAGGCGUGGAAUUGUAUUUACAAGGCAUCCACGCUAGUUAUGACCAUUCUAGAAACUUAUAAAAGUUCAGGAAGAAAAUUUACAGAGGCGGAGCACAGAAUAUUAGAAAGAGUUUUCCAUACUUGUGUUAAAUAUGAAAGUGAAUUCAGAGUGGAACUUUCUCCUUCAGUACCUUCAUCUGGUGUUGUGAAUUACCCAUUUCCAAGUAUUUACCCAUCACCACCAAUUGAAACUAUCAAUAGUGUUAAUGAAGAAUCAAGCUGGUUUUUCUAUUUGACUGAAAUUGUCUUGAGGAAAUUUGAAAACAGGUUAUUGGAUGAAUUUUUUGUUCCAACAGGGGUUGCUGGUGAAAGCACACCAGAUGGUGAGUUUCAAGAGGAUAAAUAUGAUUUAAAUUGGAACAAAUAUGACAUGGAAACAAUCAUGAAGAAAUCAUUAGGAUACCUUGAAGAUUUGGGCAAAAUUGAAAACAGCAUGAUUUCACAUCUUCGGUCAAUUUUGAAAGAAGAUCCAACUUCAGGAGUUUUACAGCCACAUGGAUUUCUUUUCAAAACAAAGUCAACACUAGCUCCAACAGAAUCAAAAUCCCCUGCAUCUGCAACUACAGCAUCAACUUCAGAGUUUUCAAUCUCCAAACAAAAUUCACCGUUACCAUUGACACCAUCAUCUGCAGAUUCAAACAGUCCAGCAUCUUCAGAUCUAUCACAACGCGCAGAGAAAGCAAUCCCAGAUGUUCCAGAGACAAUCAACUUUAUUCGUACCAGAAUGAUUGUUUUGAAGAUUUUACUAUUCAGACCACUAGUGUAUCUGUUCAUCCAUGACAAAAGUAACAUCUAUGAUUCGCAUCCAUUUAUUGAACAGGUUUUGAGCCAAUGUUUUGAGAAUAUUGAUACUGUGAAUGUUCCACUAGCUUGUCAUAGACAUUUUGGAUCUUGGUUUUAUGCAAGAAAUGUGUUCCUUUCUGUGAUUUGUAUCUUUGGGUUGUUUAAAAGAGUUGGUGAAAAAUAUACUUCAAAGGCUAAGGUUGAAGCUUUUUUUAAAGAUGUUGAAACUAUUCUUGAUUACUGGGUUGAUGAAGCCCCUGAUUUAGCUGAGCCCAGAUCUGUUGUAUCUGCAAUUAUUGAGGAACUGAGAAGCCUUUGA